GCAGCAGCAGAGAUUCGCGGGUUUAGAUAGGAUCCACAUUCUAGGGUGGUCGCGGUCCGGAGUAUUUCCUGCAGGCGGUAGAGUCUCCCUUGAAUCGUCGCCAGAACCGUUUCGUCGCCCCGUUUCGUCGCCAGGACCGUCUCGUCGCCCCAUUUCGUCGCCCCGCUUCGUCGCCCCGUUUCCUCGCCGGAUCCACCAUUCUUCAUAAGAACUCUCGUUUCGUCCCGCCUACCGCCUUCCACGCAUCUCCACGCCUGCCCGAUCCGCCUCUUGUAAGAAGAGAGGACCCAUCUGCCCGUGAAAGCCCCCAUCUGCCCGUGAAAGGACCCACCUGCCCGUGAAAGCCCCCAUCUGCCCGUGAAAGGACCCAUCUGCCCGUGAAAGGAUCGCCCCAUCCCGUUCCUGUCAACCCUGUCGAACGAGCGUCUGAAAGGAGCGUUCCUGGUAACCCUGUCAACCCUGUCAUACGUUCUUCGCUUCCUUUCGACCCUCUCGUCUCCUCCUGCUGCACGAACCACCUUCCUAUCACCUUCCUACCACCUCCCUACCACCUUCCUACCACGAAUCGGCUAUCCUCCGCACCAUCAUUGCUGCGGAAGACGCCAUUUGCCAGCCGACCGUCACGAGAUGAAUAUCGCGCGUAACCGCAUCGCGCGACUCGGAUCCGCGUCGCUCCGGUCCACGUCAGAUCCAGCUGUCCACGCCCGCCUACUGACGUCACUCGCGGCUCCGCUCGCGGCCGCUGCGUCCUCCGCCAUCUCCCCCGCCGCUGCGGCGGAAGCCGCCGGCGGAAGCGCAGGCGGCGCAGCUGCGGAGGUUCCCCCCAGCGCUGCGAACGCCGCCGCCGCCGCCGCACCAGCGGGAGCCGCGGCGGGCGCAGCGGCGGGAGGAGCGGCGGGGGAGGCGGCGCAGAAGGGAUCCGGGGGAGCCCGCAAUCCGUUCCUGCGCGCGGCGCAAGCAAUAGUUGGCUCCGCCGUUCUGGGCAUUGGCGGAGGGUGCGCUUAUGUAACCUAUGCGUAUGAGAACAAGGAGGUGGCGCAGUGGGCCAAGGGGAAGAGGGAGGAGAUCCGCCAGAGGCCCCAGGAGGGGCUGGAUGGAGUGGUAACCAAGGGGCUGAGCGCUGCUGUGGACGUGGCCCAAUGGUACGUCGACACGCGGUCAGACCUGGAGGAGCGCAUUCAUAAUUUCAACCAGCCGGCAUCGGACCGACUCCUCCCCGACCUGACACCCCAGGAGCAGCACGUGUACACUCUGGUGCUGGACCUCGAGGGGACUCUCGUGCACUCGGAUUGGAAGCGUGACCGCGGGUGGCGCACAUUCAAGAGGCCAGGCGUAGAGGCGUUCCUAGAGCGAAUGGCGCAGUUCUUUGAGGUGGUGGUGUUCUCGGACCAGCUGAACCUGUCAGUGGACCCCAUCUUGGAUCGCUUGGAUCAGAAGGGGUGCAUUCGCUACCGGCUGUACCGCGAUGGAACCCUCUACUCUGACGGCAAC